AUGGCUGAAUCUCGCUUUAACAACCCUUAUUUUUGGCCUCCACCUCCUGCCAUGCCGGGCCAGGAGCAGCUGAUGGCGGAGAAGAUCCGGCCGCCACAUCUGCCUGCUGCUUCGGCCGCUUCCCAGCAGCCUUUGCUCGCCCCUUCCAGCCAGGCUGAAGGAAAUCAAAAUGGGAUGUCCAAAACACAGCAGAUGUCGGCCCUUCACAGUCUCGGCUCCUCUCAGCCUGAUAUCGCCCUGCACGCCCGCCCUGCAUCCAGCUCCGUCACAGGUCGUAUUCUUGGAGAUGUAAACUUGAACUUGGAUGACAAGGCAGCCAUAAAAGCCAGAGGACUGUGGGAAGACUGGCACCUACGUCAGCUCAUAGACCAUCCCUCCAGAGCAAAUCACGUCUCAGGUGUGGCGCUGGCAUCCAGGACAGGAAACCUCAGCACAUCAGAGAUCAUAACCCCCACAACCCCCACCUCCAGCAGCCACAGCCGGCUCGGUGGAGCUCCCACCCCACACCUGCUCUCAGGGUUAGCCAGCGGCCACGGGGUUGAGCACGGGAAAAGCAACGGUGGCCUCGUGGGACUCCUCGGCCCACCUCCAAAGGUGGAGCGAGGGCGGAAGAAGAUCAAGGCUGAGAACGGUUCUUCACUUUUGGUUGUGCCAUACCCGAUCCUCGCCUCGGGAAACGAGCAGUCCUGUGUCGCCAUCACCCCAAAACAAGGGAAAACCUACAGGUAG